GCCAUCUUGAACCUCUCGUAAGCAACGGACAGAGAAAAGCAAAAAAAAAACAAGCGUGUUAAAAAUACCAAACUAACCCGACGAAAACGGGGAUAUGUCACCUGGAAUCAAGCAUUUAUGAAACAGUGAAAGUCAAAUACAGUGGAACGACCAGGAGACAGUUACGGAGACGUACGGUAUAACAGCCAUCUAAGUUCCUCCCGGACACACGGACCUUCAAGUCAUCUUUUUUUUGCCGGAGUAGGAAGGAAGAGUCGAGUCACCGACAGAAAAACACGUCCAGAGUGAAACUAUGAAUCCCGAAUAUGAUUAUCUGUUCAAGCUCCUGCUCAUCGGAGACUCUGGAGUAGGAAAGUCCUGUCUUCUGCUGCGCUUUGCAGACGACACCUACACAGAAAGCUACAUCAGCACCAUCGGAGUGGACUUCAAGAUCCGCACCAUUGAGCUGGAUGGAAAGACCAUCAAACUGCAGAUUUGGGACACUGCGGGUCAGGAGAGGUUUCGUACCAUCACCUCCAGUUACUACCGCGGAGCCCACGGCAUCAUAGUUGUAUACGAUGUGACGGAUCAGGAGUCCUACAACAACGUCAAGCAGUGGCUUCAGGAAAUCGACCGCUAUGCCAGCGAAAACGUCAACAAGCUCCUGGUGGGGAACAAGUGCGACCUGACCACCAAGAAAGUCGUGGACUAUACAACAGCCAAGGAGUUCGCCGACUCUUUGGCCAUCCCCUUCCUGGAGACAAGCGCCAAGAACGCCACCAAUGUAGAGCAGGCUUUCAUGACCAUGGCUGCAGAGAUCAAGAAGCGCAUGGGCCCCGGGGCCACGGCUGGCGGUGACAAGCCCAACCUAAAAAUUGAGAGCACCCCUGUCAGGCAGUCCGGAGGCGGCUGCUGUUAAAGGACCCCUUGCCUACACACUCCCCCCCCCCCCCCCACAAUCCCCCAGGAACCCCUGACCAUCAUCUCCACCAUCUCCACACUGACUCCCCCCCCCCCGCCCCUCCCCCCCUUCUCCAUGUUCCAUCCCAUCACCACUCCACCGUAACACCCUGUAAAGCCACUCCCAGCUCUCUGACCCCCCCCCCCCCCCCCCCCCCUCUGACAGCACUGCCUGGAGCUACAGGAUGGCUGAGCAAAGAGAGGAGUACAAAACUGUGCGCGUGUUAAGAUCAGAGAACAGUUCGGAACUUUGUGAGGCCUGUACACUCACCGGGGGUGAGGGGUGGGGGUGACAGAAAGUAAACAGAUGGGGGGGCAAAGAGUGGUAUUUAGAAUGGACUGGAGGCAGAGGAAGUUUGGAUAUCGGUGAACUUAUCUCUACACACACACAUGGGUUAAAGAGGUUUAAGCCUUUUGGCCAAACUCUUUUCUCCUCAGACUGUCUCUAUUUUUGGUGAUCACAUCUUGCACCCUCCCCCAAACUUUUGCUCCCUGGAAUUACCUUUCCUCACAAACCCACACAGGUGCAUUGUACUCACACUGUAGAUGCUCUGUAUGCAGCAGGAAUUGUUCAGAAUAGCAGCGGCGGUGACUCAUCGUUGCCAUUUAUCGAUGGGGGGGGGGGUCCAGGGAAAGCCUGUCCUGCGAGCCUCCACUCCCUGAGAAAAAAAUAAAAGAAAAAAAUAAAUAACAAUAGUGUGAAGAAUGAAAAAAAAGAAAAAGUACACGUGAUUGUGGGAUUAAAGUUACAAAAAUUGUCUGAGGCAGCCCCCUCACCACCACGACCACAGCUGAAAAGGUUGCUUUCAGACUUUGCAGCGAGCAUUUUGAAGCGUACUGAGGCCUUUAGCGCCUGGUCACGAAAGAAAUGACUCUCUGCGACUUCGCAGAACGAGAUCACAUACUGGAGGGGAGGUGCAAACACAGGUACUUUGACUGAAGCAUUAACCAUUUCCCCACCCGACCACCCGCUUGGAAGGCCUGCGGUUACACGUACAUGAGCUCGAGCUGGGGUGGAUGUGGUGGCUGUGGGAACUGUAAUAUACAGUGUUAGAGAGUUUUUCUUUUUUCUAAGGAAUAAUUUCAUCUGUAAAAGAAAGAAAUGUGACAACAUGCCGUAACAUUUAGCUCGGUGGCCUCCAGGAAUGACACUAAAUAUUACAGUCAGAGGGGCAGGUAGCUGAGAAACAGAAGCAAUUCCCAAUAUGCUGUAUUGAUCUUACAAUUACUGUUUUAUUACUGCUGUUCCUUCCUCUGAGAUCAACCUGUUUUGUCAAACAUAGUUUCUCUAAAUUCAGAUUCCUUUGUCCACACCUGUCCUUUAUGUCCCCGAGAACUUAAGGAACUGCAGUUUGAGCCCCUUGGGUUUUAACGUUUUUUUUUAACAAAUCUUUUCCACUGAUUAGCAAGGCCUCAGUAUACUUCAAAUAAACAAGGUUUAACCAAAUGUCAUCCGACAACAUCUAAGGCAAAGGACAUGCUGGAAGGGGAGACAGAAAGCUUGCCAUCCUAUGGGGGGGUUGGGGGUUUUAAUGGUUUUCUGUGACUGCAGAAGUUCAAACCCCCACCUACCCUCACACCUCCAACACACCUGGCCAGUUUUUUUUUUUUUUUUUUUUUUUUUCAGAUGUUGUUAAAUAAGUCAAC